AUGAAUGUCGUGAAGAUCGGCACGAGUGGCGCCAUCUCCAGCCAGGUUCCCGGGCUGGCCCCGAUCAAGCGUAACUUCCUCGGAAAUCCGCUCAGCAAGAUCCAGCCAAUGCCGGUGACGGGCAAGGCGACGACGGUGGUGACACCUGGCGGUCAGCCGCGGCCGGCGAUCGUGAUCGGCCAGCAGGCGGCGCCACCGCAUCAGCAGCAGAUACAGAUCACGAGGCUGCCCAGCGGUCAACUGGCCAUCAAGGGCCUACAGCCAGGUCAGUCGGCGCAACUCAUGAAGCUUCCGGACGGGCGUCUGCAGCUGAUCACAACGUCAACGACGUCUGCUCCAGUGACUCAGCCGCCGCCCGCUACCGCCGCUACCGCUGCCGCCGCCGCCGUCGUGCGGCCAGCGCCACCCAUGCUGCACAUCAACAAGCAGCAGCAGGCACCAGUGGUCAGCGGCGUGAUACAGACGGCCGUCCGGCCCGUGUCCGGCGGCGUCGGCACCCCCACGCAGAUACGCAUGAUCCGACCGAUGAUCUCACCCGUGGUCAGGCUUGCGCCGCAGCAGCAGCCGCAGCUGCCAGUCGUGCAGGUUACCCGGACGCCGCUGCCCGCCGCUGUAAAGGUGUGUCGUCCUCAGGUAGGCUGGUCCGUGUCAGGUCGUGGUCCGCGUCGUGUUGUACGUACAGGCCUUACGUAG